AUGAGUGUAUUGAGCGAUGAAGAGGCAAAACUAGCGUCGUUGGGGCAUGGUGUUCUUCUCGUGGUCGAUCUCCUUGUUGACGAAUCGAUGCCAGAACACAUUAUGCCUAUUGUCGUUACCGGCCCUCCAGUGUCUCCUUAUCAGCCAUUCCCGACCAGGAAGGAAGUCUUGGGCAAAAGCUUGAAAUUCGUGCAUUGCGGACAGAUCAUUACUCAGGAUAAGGAUGCGCUAAGCGGAUGUGGGACACGAAUGACUCCCGAACGAUUGCUAGCCACACUUUCAGGCAUUAUAGUGCAGUGGAAUAAGCUAUAUAUUGUAAAUUCUCCCAAAUCCAAGUACAGUCCUAAACGAGGCGACAUUGUGAUUGGAAGAGUCACUGGCAUUGGGAAGGCUUCAUGGCAUUUGGACACAAAUCACCGACUUUCUGCAGAAUUGCGUCUGCAGAAUACGAGUAUAGCAGGCGAUGAACCGAGGCGGAAGAAUCUGGAAGACGAAAUUGCUAUGAGCGACUAUCUCAAUGUGGGCGAUUUGAUAUGUGCCGAGGUGCAGCGAAUUGGCGUCAAAGGAAAAUUGGAGCUGCAGUCAAGGGGCGGCUUGAAAAAGUUCGGGCAGGGUAUUUUGCUCAAAAUGUGGCCAAAUUCGGUCAAAGCAUCAAGGAAAAUUUGUCAAGUUCUUGACAUCACUAUAGUAGUCGGCUGUAAUGGUUUUGUAUGGGUUUCGUCAGAAGUUUCAUCAUCAAAUUAUGGCGAGAACAUUACUUCUUCAACUACCAUAGACAAGAACCAAGUAGUGCUUAGGAUUGUUGCCUGUAUACGCAUUUUAACGAAAACAGGAACCAGAAUUGAUGACAAGACUCUUAUUUCGUUGUAUCACUUAUCCAUGUCUCACGAAGUCAAGGAUUUAGCUAAUCCCCAUAUCUCUCAAGCACUCAUUUCUGCCACGAGGUGUCUUAAAAAAUAG